GGACGCUGAACCUCCGCCUUAGGGUUCGCUGGGUACUAGGGCGCUGCGCCCUCUGCCAUGGCUCACAGACCGACAAGGAAUUUUCGGCGGCGCGCGGCCGAUUCCAGCGACAGCGAUGGCGCUGAGGAGUCGCCUGCUGAGCCUGGGACGUCGAGGGAACUUGCGGCCCCGGGCCCCGCGGAAGAAGGGCCGCCCUCUGGAGAAGGCCGCGCGCAGGUGGCCGGACGGCCCCACCGGGUUCGGGGGCCUCGGGGCCGGGGGCCUCGGGGCCGGGGACGAGUCUGGGCGAGCUCCCGACGCGCCACGGAAGCGGCUCCCCGCGCGGACGAAGGCUCCGGCGUCCAAGAAUCCACAACAGUUGAUGUGUCAACAGAUGAAGAGGAUGAAAUACAUCACUCCUCGGAAAGUAAGGGUGAUCAGGGUUUGUCUUCUGACAGCUCUAGCUCUCUUGGAGAAAAAGAACUUUCAUCAGCAGGUCUGCCCACCAUCUGCUGUGUGAGAACCGUUGAACUAGUUGAGAUCCCAGAUGCAGCCUUUAUUCAGGCAGCUCGCAGAAAACGUGAAUUGGCCAGGGUGCAAGAUGACUAUAUUUCUUUGGAUGUAGAACAUGCCUCCACCAUCUCUGGUAUGAAGAAAGAGAGUGAAGACGACCCUGAGAGUGAGCCUGAUGACCAUGAAAAGAGAAUACCAUUUACCCUGAAACCUCAAACACUUAGACAAAGGAUGGUUGAGGAAUCACAAAACAGAUAUGAAGAAACAAGUGAAGAAAGUCAGGAGGAUGAAAAGCAAGAUAUUUGGGUACAACAACAAAUGAGGAAAGCAGUUAAAAUCGUAGAGGAAAGAGACGUAGAUCUUUCCCAUAGCUGCGGAUCUUCAAAAGUGAAGAAAUUUGAUACUUCCAUUUCAUUUCCACCAGUAAAUUUAGAAAUUAUAAAGAAGCAAUUAAAUACUAGAUUAACAUUACUACAGGAAACUCACCGCUCACACCUGAGGGAAUAUGAAAAAUAUGUACAGGAUGUCAAAAGCUCAAAGAGUACUAUCCAGAACCUAGAAAGUUCAUCAAAUCAAGCUCUAAAUUGUAAAUUCUAUAAAAGCAUGAAAAUUUACGUGGAAAAUUUAAUUGACUGCCUUAAUGAAAAGAUUAUCAACAUCCAAGAAAUAGAAUCAUCCAUGCAUGCACUCCUUUUAAAACAAGCUAUGACCUUUAUGAAACGCAGGCAAGAUGAAUUAAAACAUGAAUCAACGUAUUUACAACAGUUAUCACACAAAGAUGAGACAUCCACAAAUGGAAACUUCACAGUAGAUGAAAAAACUCAAUGGAUUUUAGAAGAGAUUGAAUCUCGAAGGACAAAAAGAAAACAAGCAAGGGUGCUUUCUGGGAAUUAUAACCAUCAGGAAGGAACAUCUAGUGACGAUGAAUUGUCUUCAGCAGAGAUGAUAGACUUCCAAAAAAGCCAAGGUGACGUUUUACAGGAUCAGAAGAAAGUUUUUGAAGAUGUGCAUGAUGAUUUUUGUAACAUUCAGAAUAUUUUGUUGAAAUUUCAGCAAUGGCGAGAAAAGUUUCCUGACUCCUAUUAUGAAGCUUUUAUUAGUUUAUGCAUACCGAAGCUUUUAAAUCCCCUAAUACGAGUUCAGUUGAUUGAUUGGAAUCCUCUUAAGUUGAAUUCCACAGGUUUAAAAGAGAUGCCGUGGUUCAAAUCUGUAGAAGAAUUUAUGGAUAACAGUGUAGAAGACUCAACGAAGGAAAGUAGUUCAGAUAAAAAAAUCUUGUCUACUAUCAUCGACAAAACAAUUGUUCCCCGACUUACAGACUUCGUAGAAUUCCUUUGGGAUCCUUUGUCAACCUCACAGACAACAAGUUUAAUAACACAUUGCAAAGUGAUUCUUGAAGAACAUUCCACUUGUGAAAAUGAAGUUAGUAAAAGCAAACAGAAUUUACUUAAAUCCAUUGUUUCAAGAAUGAAGAGGGCAGUAGAAGAUGAUAUCUUUAUUCCUCUGUAUCCAAAGAGUGCUGUAGAAAACAAAACAUCACCACAUUCAAAGUUCCAAGAAAGACAGUUCUGGUCAGGCCUAAAGCUCUUCCGCAAUAUUCUUCUUUGGAAUGGACUUCUUACAGAUGACACCUUGCAAGAACUAGGACUAGGGAAGCUGCUAAAUCGUUACCUUAUUAUAGCUCUUCUCAAUGCCACACCGGGGCCAGAUGUGGUUAAAAAGUGCAACCAGGUGGCAGCAUGUUUACCAGAAAACUGGUUUGAAAAUUCUGCCAUGAGGACAUCUAUUCCACAGCUAGGAAACUUCAUUAAGUUUUUAUUGCAGUCUGCACAUAAAUUAUCUAGAAGUGAAUUCAGGGAUGAAGUUGAAGAAAUAAUUCUUAUUUUGGUGAAAAUAAAAGCUUUGAAUCAAGCAGAAUCCUUCAUAGGAGAGCAUCACCUAGACCACCUUAAAUCACUAAUUAAAGAAGAUUGAAUCAAUUUUAUAGGAAAAUGCUAAAAUUUUAAUAUGGUUACACUGAAUUCCUUUGCUUGAGAAGAAGCUGGUGCCUCUUCUUUCUUCCCUGUAGUAGAAGGUAGGAUUUGCAAAAAAGUAAGACUCUACCUCUACAUUCUCCCCAUGCUUUACCUUCUGGCAUCAUGAAAAGCUGCCAUGAUUCUGUGGUGUUCUAAGAAAUUAAAUUCACUGGAGCAUUAAGAGGUCAACAUGUUUCCCUUUGAUUUUUUUGGCUGGUCUUUCAAUUUUCUUAAAAGGGGAACUGGAGGAACUUUGCCAUAGCUUAGGUGAACCAUAAUAACAUCUUUUAGUUUUCUUUAUUUUAACUACCUUUAUUUAAAAAUAAAUUAAUAUGAAAAGCUCAGUUGGAGUAAACUAUUUCCAAAGUAUAAAUGAGUAAGGCAUUUGCUGAUUAUCAGAUUGUCCUUUAGAAAUCUGUACCAAUUUAAUGUACCCAACAUAAGUGUGAGUGAGUGCCAGUGAAUCCCUACCAGCAAUAAGUAUUACCAUUUUUUUAAAUGCAUUGAAAAUUAGAUAGGUAAAAAUAAUCUUAUUUUAAUAGUUUAUUUUGUUGUGGCUAUUAGAGAGUGAACAUACAGGUUUUGGCCAUUUGUAAUUAUUUUUGAAAUAUCCAUCUUUUUCUUGUGGACUUUAAGACCUUUCUAUUUCUAAAGAUAUUGAUCUUUUGCCCAUGCUAUGUGGCAGUUUUCCUUAUUUGCCAUUUCUUUUAAUUUUUUCUUUUAUUUUUUGAGACAGAGUCUAGCUCUGUCACCAAGGCUGGAGUGUAGUGGCACUUUCUCAGCUCACAGCAACCUCUUCCUUCUGGGCUUAAGCAAUCCUCCCACCUCAGCCUCUCAAGUAGCUAGGACUACAGGCAUGUACCACCAUGCCCAGCUGAUUUUUGCAUCUUUUUGUGGAGAAGGUGUUUCGAAACAUUGCCCAGGCUGGUCUCAAACUCCUGAUUUCAAGCAGUCUACCCACUUUGACCUCCCAAAGUGCUGGGAUUACAGGCUUGAGCCACCAUAUUUGGCCUUUCUUUUAAUUUUUUUUGAUGUUUUUUGUUGCAUUAAGUCAUUACUUGUUAGCAAGUUACUACUUUUUUUUUUUUUUUGUCAUUGGUAGGACUGAAAGGGAAACAGGUAUUUUAAAUACUCAGAACAUGUGAUUCCUUUUUUGAUAAAAUAUUUGUCUAAUAAGACUGAGGCAGGAUAAUUUAAUCAAAAGAAAUUAAGAAAAUUUUCUAAAAUGUUAGUUUACUAGUAAUUUUGCUAAGUCUACUUAUUAAGUAUCUUAAUGGAAACUGUAAAUAUAUUUUGCAAAUUAUUGCCCAAAAAUAAUUGGAAAAAUUUGAUUAUAUUGUAGGAUUUGAAUAUAUUGCCGACUUUUAUGUCACCCCCUAGGUAUGUCAUACCUUCAAAACUGAGUAUAAUUUAUUUUAGGAGUUGAGUGUGUUAUGUCUAUUGCAGUGAGUACUUGUGAUUCACUGAAGAAUUUUUUAAUGUUUAUAUUAGUUACACAAAUUAUACAAGAAUAGAAUCUCAUCUAGAAAAUCAAACCAUUGUUGAAAAGCAGUUAGCAUUUCUGCACAACUGUUGUCCCCAGAGGUAACUGCUGUUUUCAUUUUAAUGUUAUCCUUUCAGACCUCUUCUCUAUUUACAAAAAUGUUAUGUGUUUUUAUGUGUACAUAAAGUUUUGGGGUUUUUUACAUAAGUAGCAGAUACUUUAUUGCAUAUGAAAUUUGUAAUUUUUUUCUAUUAAAAUACGCAUUUGGAAAUUA